CAAGAUGCCAGCUCAGGACCAUGUGGGCGUGCUAGACCUCUAUUUCCAACGGUCGGAGCAUGGAGCACUUCAGGUGGAACACUCCUAUCGCUUCCAUACUACUUCACAAGAAUUUGCUGAUGCAGCUGUUUCCAGGGUCAUCGAGAAAUGGAAGGUGGAUGGUGACGAGGAAGUGCUGUGCACAAUUGGCUCCUCCUUGUCAAGCCGAACUCAAGAACUUCGAAGCAGCGAGAACGCCUUUGGGUGCUUGGUGGCUGAUGCCAUGCUUUCGGCCUGUGAAUGCGAUGGAGCGCUGAUCAACGGCGGCUUCAUACGGCAGGAGCUGCCAAUCAAACGUUACUGGAAGGGUACAAGAAGUGGAAGAGCGUGCCCACAUAACAUGACAUAGGUAGCAAGGUUGCUCAGGCCAAUGUGUCCUUGUGAAAUGGAAGAGGUCUCUUGAGUCGCCGAGCGCCAUUUCUGCACGGAGGAUCGGCUCUAUGCUGCCAACUUGUGCUUGACAGUGCAGCAGGCACACCUCGCAUGUGACAUAUUGUUCAUGUACAUCAAAAAAGACAUUUUUGGGAUAUCGGCAUCGUAUAGAUUAGUAUAUAUUAUAUUGUUUUCAAAUCGAUCCAGUCGUUCAGUUGUAGGGCUAGGACACAGCACAGGCUGGCUUAUUGAAAACAAACAAUUCUGAUGUCCUGCAACGUCCUAUGGCUGCUUGGUCCUACCAUGUUCAGGACCAAAUCAAUUUUAUCCACCCACCUGCUUUAGUCUAAGCGUGUUUGGCAGGUCAAGGUGGAGAUGCCCUUUUCGACGCAGCCAGCAGUAAUCCGGCUCACAGGUGCGGCGCUGCUUCGUGGUUUGGAGGACAGCUGACCCUUCAUCGACGCAUGCACUGAUUGCUCGUGCUUCCUGUGAUGUUUAAUCUUGAUUUCAGUUCUGACUUUCAUGUCGGCACAAAGCACGUUAGAAGCUUGUGCAGGAGAGCGUAGCACUUUGCCCAACACCUGCCAGCUGUUUUCCCCACCUUUCUGAAGGUGGAUGGGCAUGCAUGGGCAUGCUGGGUGAUGCCCAGCUGAACAUGCGAAAGCUGGUUGUUGGAGUCUUAUGGCUGUACAUAUAUGGAUAUUUGUAGAUCAUGAUGAUCAUGAAGCAUAAUAUAGUAUAACAUAUAUAAUAUAUAGAUUCAACAUUAUCAGCGACUACUAUGCAGCCAGAAAGCUUUGAAUAUUUUGAAAGAUCUCUUUGGCCUCUCCCAGGCAUGACUCUGAAGUUUGACAUUCAUGCACCUCCGCUGAAAAGAAUUUGCCGUGGCUAUGAUGCAAAUAAACGGGACAGAAGUGACAGUCGCUGCC